UAAGUUCUGGGGCACGCUCGUCAGCACAGAUUCUUUGAGUCUUUUUGUAUCUUUUUAUCUAUGAGUGUGAGAAACAUGUGGUAUGACUGACCCUGUUUCUCACGAAGACUUACUGACGUUAUACAUCCAACUCAUGCACGAUGUUGCCAGGGCUGCUACCAAGUGUCCUGUGCAUACUAUCCGCCCUGACACUCGCAUCUUGCCGGCGGGAACAAAGUCCAUCACGAAGAUUUAUCGGAAGUAUUGGGCAUGCAAUUGAUCACGCGGUACAUGAAGUUGGACAUGGAAUAGAUCACGUGGUACAUGAAGUCAAGUGUCAUGUUGCAGGCUGUGGUGGUGGCGGUACUGAUCCGGUUGUGCACAACCCUCCCAGCAUCAGCUGUCCCACGGUCCCCACGGUCACAGCGCCGCCCAGAGCAACCAGUGUCAAGGUCACGUGGUCUGAACAUGCAGGGGCAAGUAGAAGCGGCCCGGCUCCAGGCAGUAUAUUGCCAGAGGGAGUGACAUCAGUGACGUACACUGUCAAGGACAGCUCGACCGGUCUCUCCAACAGCUGCACCGUGAAGAUUGUAGUCCGGGUUGUUCGAUGUUCUCUCCCGGCGGCUGCCCCCGAUAACGGCGCCAUGAUGUGCAGAGGCACCCACGGCAGGAUGGUGUACGGGGACACAUGUAGAUACGAAUGCAGCAGGGGCUACGAGAUGGCAGGGGCAGGCAGCAGCAAGUGCGCCCUCAAUGGACGAUGGUCCAGCAGUGCUCCGACCUGCAAACCUGUGCCGUGCGGCUCUCCGACACCGAUCACCAAUGGACACUUCAGUUGUAACGGGAACACGUUUCGCAGCGCAUGUCACGUGACCUGUGACGAAGGCUACACGGCUGACACAACGGCGAGGUCUGUCACGUGUCAAGCGGACAGACGGUGGACCCAUACAAGGGGUUGUCUAGACUUGAAGCCCCCGUUGAUAAACCACUGCCCAGCCUCCAAGGUGUAUGUGGCUGACAGGGGAAGCACCUCCACAACAGUCAGAUGGGUGAGGGUAACAGGGGUUGAUCCACCAACUGCUCUCACUCCCCUUGUUGUACAGACCGAGGGUCCACCCCCGGGGUCAGUGGUGGGCGAGGGACGUCACCAUGUAGAGUACAAGGUCGUAGACGCCGCUGGGAACGUUGCUGUUCAUCCGUGUUCCUUCAACGUCACGGUGCAAGCUGUCCGCUGCUCGGCUCCACGGCUGGACAACAAACUUCUGCUCCAGUACGCAUGUCCGAAUGACCGCAUCCACGGAAGUGAGUGUCUGCUGAGCUGUCACCAUGGUAACCUGGCAGGACCGAGGAAGAUCGUGUGUGAGAAGGACAACUUCUUCCCCCCAUCAGCACAGUGGCGGUGGAACACAACGACUGGCGUGCAGCCCCACUGCCAGGUGCGGUCUUGUCCUGCUCUACGGUCUCCCCGCGGUGGCGCCCUCUCGUGUGACGGCUGGGACACCGGCGCCCUGUGUCAGAUGCAGUGUAAGGACGGCUUCACCUUCCCCUCAGCGGCUCAAAGUGGCAUCUUCGUGUGUGGCCAUGACAACAAGACAUGGUUCCCGCCAGACGUUCCAGACUGUCUAGCCACCAGCACAUUCUACUCCAUCAGCAUGGCCAGCAACUUCUACUACCGUGGCCAAUGUGACCAGACACACCUCCAGCUAGUGAGACGCAACUUCAUACUCGCACUCAAGGCAUCCAUGUUCGGGUUGGAAAUGUGUAAAGACGUUCUGGCGUGUCAGGCUGAUAAUGUCAGGGUCACAUGUGGAUCACGGUUAACUAAGAGAGACAUCAAACCAGUGAUACGGGUCAAGGUCAAGUUCACCUUUCCUUACAAGCUCCUGGGUAAUGAUACCACUGCCAGGGGCCUAAUGAAGUUCAAGGACACGUUUGUGAAAGGAAUCAAAGGAUCAGCAAAGUUGCUGACUAUUGGAAGUAAACAUCUGUUGUUGGACAGCCACCUCACCUCAUUUGAGGAGCUCUCCCCCAGAUGUCGCCGGGGCCAGAAGACAGUCAAUGAUACAUGCUCCGGCUGUGGUCCUGGGUAUGUCCUCAACCGGGUGACCGAGACCUGUGUAGCAUGUCCUGUAGGGUACUUCCAGGACAGGGACAGCGCCCCCUGGUGUCAGCCAUGCCCUCUACGUCAUACCACGUCUACCAGUGCAGCAACAUCGUUCACGGAGUGCGCCACCCGCUGUCCCCCAGGGGAGUUCUCGGACACCGGCCUGUCUCCCUGCUCACUGUGCCCGCUCGGCACCUUCCAGCCUGACCACAGCUCCACGUCCUGUCGCAGGUGCCCACCUGGAACCAUCACUCCACUAGAUGGCGCUGUGACCAUACAGGACUGUCAAGCAUAUGACGUGACUAUCGCUGGCCACGGGAAGGCGUUGUUCAGACAACACGCUCGGGAUCUGAACCAGUGGACGUACUCCAUGUGGUUCAGACUGCAUGAUUCCAUCCAAGGGGAUGUCAUGCUCGGACAAUGGUCAACAAAUGCCGCACAACAGGUCGUAGCGCUAUCAAUAACGAACGGCACCGUCAACUUCUAUUCUCAAGGCAACGUCUACAGCAAGACGGGGAUCACCCUCAUGCCAACGUGGAACCAUUGCGUCCUUACAGCGUCCGAAGGAGCCGCCGCACACGUCUACGUCAACGGUCACGACGUCCUUACUGUGAAGACAUCAAUGCUGUCCAUUCCACAGAACUCACGACUCCAUAUUGUAGCCGAUGCUGCAGGCGUCAGUGUGUCUAGGGUCAUUCUUCGUGACUACGUCAUUCGUGACGCUCUGAUACCGGGUCUCGCAAGAUCGUGCAGCGUUGACGAGACUCCGCGAGAGUUAGAUCUCGACUCCAUAGAUUAUGAUGAAUCUAAUACUGACGUCAUCUUUCCCAGCGUCUGUCAUGAGAGAAGUCAGUAAUGGUUUUAGAAUUAUGAUCGCACUGUACAGUCCCCGACGAUGUCACAUUUAAUAAACACAAGUGAUGCUG